AAAUACCAGUAAAGCACUGAAAGAAAGCAUAAGGAUACCCUCAACUCGAUUUGUUUCAUGUACUACCUACCAACCCCGUCCCCAACGUCUCAUUCCUCUGUAUUUCAAACCCUAAUUUGGUUUGCCUCUUAAACUUUGAAGAUCUCGUUUUUUCGUUGCCAAAUCAACAUUUAUAAGAGAACACUUUACGCAAUCGCCCUUCCAAGUGACUUUGAGUGAGAAAUGCAAGAUCCAAGGAUUCCUUUGUCAGAAGAGAUCAUGACUAAUAAACCAAGGAAGAAGAAAAACUUAACCCAAAAGACUUUGUUUCAGUUGAGAGGGAAUGAUGUCAAGGAAGAUGAACAGACAUCUCUGUCUUUAAAAUCGACACAGAAGGGUUCCAAGAGACCACUGAUAACUGAAGUUUCUCCAACUUUUCAGAGACAAGAAGGUUCUAAUUCAGAUUCAUUGCCUGACUCCUCUGCAACUGGGAAUGAGUAUCGUGCGUUGAGGCGGAAGUAUUUACUACUUGAAGAUGAGAGCUUUGCAUUGGGGGAAGAAUUAAAAGAGGUUGAAGAUGAAGUAAAAUCCCUUGAAGAUGAAAAAAUUGCUUUGCUGGAUCAGCUUGUUGUGAUGGAAGGUCUUGUUGAUCCAUCUAUCCGGUCUUAGGAGUAUGCUGCUGUGUAAUGCUAAGAAAAAAGUGUUGGCUCCUUUUGUCUAGCUCUAGAAUUUCGAUGGAUAAUUAUCAUAUUACAAAGUUUAUGUCAAAAUCUUAUUGUCUAACUGGCAGUAGAAUACUCUAAUAAUUUUAUCUUUAAUCAUAG